AAUGUAGUUAACUUAAUUUUAGGAUAAAAUUCUAUGGAAUUUGAAAGAAGAGAAUUAAAGAAAAAAAAGAGAGAUGAAAAUUAAAAAGAAAGAAUCUAAAAUUGAUUUACAUUGAUAUCUGAUUAUUGGAUUUUUUAGAUAAAAGAGAUUUUUAAAGAUUUGA